AUGGAUGAUUUGUAUGAAAUACUAGGAGUAGAAUCUUCAGCUUCAGAAAUAGAGAUCCGUAAAGCAUAUAGAAAAUUAGCAUUAAAAUAUCAUCCUGAUAAAGUUAAUGAAGAUGAACGAGAAGAAUCAGAAAUUAAAUUUAAAGAAAUUUCAAUGGCAUACGAAAUAUUAAUUGAUGAUGAAAAAAGAGAUGAAUAUGAUAGAUAUGGUACUACAGGUAAUGGUUUCGGUAAUGGCCCAAACUUCAAUGGUAAUCCAUUUGAACAAUUUUAUGGUGGUGAUAAUGGAUAUUAUGAUGGUAAUGAUUUUUAUAAUUUUUUUAAUAAUAUGAAUAAAGAAAGACAACCAAGUAAUAAAACAGAAGAUGCUCAUAUAGAAGUUGAAAUUACAUUAGAAGAACUAUAUAAAGGUAAAGUUAUUAGAACUACAAGUACGAGAAAUAUAAUAUGUACAUUAUGUAAAGGAAAUGGAUUAAAACUGACAAAUGUACAAUUUAAAAAAUGCUCAACAUGCAAUGGAGAUGGUCAAGUACGAAAGAUAAAAAGAGUUGGACCUGGUUUAGUUGCACAAGAAUAUGUUGAAUGUAGUAGUUGUAAAGGUGUUGGUAAGAUAUAUAGACUGAAAGAUAAAUGCAAAUUAUGUAAAGGUUCAAGAGUGGUUGAAGAAACUAAAAUAUUGGAAUUUGAAAUACCAAAGGGCUCACCAAAUCAAGGUGUGAUAAUAAAGAAAGAAGAAUCUGAUCAAUAUCCUGGAAAAAUAACUGGUGAUGUAUUAUUAGAAUAUUCAUGUAAAGAGCAUAAAACAUUUAAAAGGGAACAAGAUGAUUUAUUUGUUAGUUAUAAAAUACCUUUAGUUGAUGCAUUAAGUGGAUUUUCAGGAGUAAUAUGUAGUCAUUUAGAUGGUAGAGGUAUAAAGAUAUCAACGCCAAAAGGUAAAGUUAUAAGACCUGGUGAUUUCAUCAAGAUACCAGGACAAGGUAUGCCAAAAAUUGAGAAAUCAUGGUUUAAAUCAGAGCAAUUUGGUGAUUUAUACAUUGAAAUAGAUAUAGAGUUUCCACAAGAUAAUUGGUAUGUUGAAAAGAAUGACCUUACUAAAUUACAAAAUAUAUUACCGACUCAAUUAUCAACUAAAUUAGAACAAUUAUCAAUACCCGAACCAAAUAUAGAAUUAUUUGACAUUUCAAUAGUACAAGAACUACCAGUUUAUGAAAAAGAGAAAGAAGAAUCAUAUCAAGAAGUUCCACAAUGUUCACAACAAUAA